UAUCAUGGGUUCCGCGUCUGAGACUGUUUGUGUCACUGGCGCUGCCGGCUUCAUCGGCUCAUGGCUCGUCAUGAGACUCCUGGAGCGCGGCUACACUGUUCGAGCCACCGUGCGCGACCCUGCUAACAUGAAGAAGGUGAAGCACUUGCUGCAACUGCCCAAAGCCGAUACGCGCCUGACUCUGUGGAAGGCCGAUCUCGCUCACGAGGGAAGUUUCGACGCCGCCAUCAUUGGCUGCACCGCAGUUUUCCACGUCGCCACCCCCAUGGAUUUCGAAUCCAAGGAUCCUGAGAAUGAAGUGAUAAAACCAACCAUCAAUGGCUUAUUGGAUAUCAUGAAAGCAUGCGUCAAGGCCAACACCGUGAGAAGAUUGAUAUUCACAUCCUCUGCCGGAACCGUCAACGUCGUCGAGCAUCAAAAACCAGUGUUCGACGAGACUUGCUGGAGCGAUGUUGAGUUUUGUCGCAGAGAAAAGAUGACCGGUUGGAUGUAUUUCGUUUCAAAAACGUUGGCAGAGCAGGAGGCAUGGAAAUUUGCCAAACAACAUAACAUGGAUUUCAUAACUGUCAUUCCUCCCCUUGUGGUUGGUCCCUUCCUCAUGGAUUCAAUCCCCAGUCUUAUCACUGCUCUUUCUCCCAUUACUGGGAAUGAAGCGCAUUAUUCAAUCAUAACGCAAGGCCAAUAUGUUCAUUUAGAUGAUCUCUGUAUGGGUCACAUAUUCUUGUCAGAGCAUCCUGCGGCAGAAGGAAGAUACAUAUGCUCUUCCCAUGACGCCACAUUCAAUGAUAUUGCGAGAAUUCUUAAUCAAAAAUAUCCCGAGUACAAUGUCCCCACCAAGUUUAACAAUAUUCCAGAUAACUUGGAGAUUGUGCACUUUUCUUCUAAGAAGAUUACAGAUUUAGGAUUUCAAUUCAAAUACAGCUUAGAGGACAUGUUCAUAGAAGCUGUUGAUACCUGCAAAGAAAAAGGACUUCUUCUCAAGACAACAGAAACUCGUCUUAACGGUACCACACACGAAAAGUGAAAAUGUGAUAUAUAUAUAUAUAUAUAUAUAUUACAUAUAUCGUGUUCCUCAUGGUUUUGGCUCUUCUAUAUAGCUACCGGCGAGGCCAUUUGAUAGCUUCGGCGGCCAAGGCUUGGAUUUGUCUCCAUUAUUCAGUGCAAGGUUGUAUUUUAUGUUGGCUUACUCUGUUUUAGACUAAGGAGGUUUUCUUAGCUCUGUUGAGAGCUGAUACCUCUAUCCAGUAAUGAGAAAUUCAAUUUUGAACUCUGAAUAUGUCA